UGUUAGUCGCCGUCUCCAAGACACGCGAGCCCAACGCCAGCAACAACAGGAGGACCACGUGCCCGAGGUGUGGCCACCGUGCGAGACCAUCACAACACAACAACGACCACAACGACUAUCACCACUUCCACACCGCAACAACCUAUCCAACCACCUCACGACCCUCACCGCCAGUAGCACCAGCAGCAGCACCCUCCGCUUCGCUCCCAACCCCCCCGAACAACAAUGCACCGCCUCAUCACGCCCCUCACCCUCCCCCUCCUCAUCCUCCUCCUCCACCCCCUCCCCACCCACGCCCAACAACAACAGCGCUGCCAAUGGGCGACCCUCCGCUCGGCAACCGACUCGGUCCUCGAAACCCUCCAGACCGGCCUCCGCUCCACCACCACCCUCCCAGCCAUCUUCUCCUCCCCCGACCUGGCGUACACCUACAACGGCACCCCCCUCCCCCUUCCCCUAGCGGGUUCGGGUUCCGCGGCCAACAGUAGUGGCAGCGGCAGCAGCGUGCUAGCCGCGCCACUAGCAAUAUCCGUCGCGCAUAGCGUCGUGGACCAAGACCGGUGCGCGGCGUUUAUCAAGGCCGUGGGGUAUCCCGCAGAGGAAGCCCAGACUGCAGGGGGGGUGGUCGUCGUCGGGGCGCAGGUCUGGUACAACUACACGGCCAGCGUGGGCGCGACGGUGCGGCGCAUGGAUGUGGUGGUUGCUGCGGAGGGGGGCUGGAACAUGCCGGUUGGGCUUGAUGGCGAAGUGUUGGUGGGGUUGGUGGAGGGGGAGGAUUGGGGUGCGUUGAGUAGAGCGGUUCAGGAUGGGAGGGCGGUUUUGGAGGGGGUUGCGGGGGGGUAUUUGGAUUUGUUGGGCGGUGGAAGUGGUGGUGAUGGUGAUGGUGGUGGGAAUGGGACGGGGGUGGUUUGGGGACGGCCGUGCGCGAGGUUGGAGGGGAGUGUGUACACGGCUGUUGGGGAGACGGAGAGUUGUGAGAUGGGACUGGAGAUAAGUGAGAAUGGGGAGGGGAUUACAGAGAGGCAGUUUGUGGUGGACGAAUCGGUUGGGUCUGUGAGUGUGCUGGCUAGGGAUGGGAGACACGGGGGCUCGCCGACUCUGUUUGAGUUCAGGGUUGUGAAGGGGGCGUUGAGAUAUGUGCAUCAGUUUGCAGCCAAGGCGUUAGCAGAGACAGAUGAUUAAGUUGACCUGCCCAGGUUCCAUAUACUAGCUAGCUAGUAGU